CGUUGAUAUAAAAGUGUUUUAAUCGUCGCUAUGCGCACAGUUUAUUUUAGUUUCAAUUUUUAAAGAUGAAACACAAGCUUCUAAUCAAUUUUGUUUUGGCUUGUUUGCUGUUUCAUAAUGAAGUACAGUCAUGUACAGAAUUUUUCCGGAAAGCAAAAGAUGAUAGUGUGGUUGUUGGACGUACGAUGGAACUUGCGGAAGAUUUGAAAUCAAAAGUCAUAUCGAAAGCAGGAGGAUCUCCUGAGAAAAGUAUUUUGCCAUCCUUUUGCCGUGAAUCUUCUCCCCUGGAAUGGAUAUACAAAUAUGAUGUGCUUUGUGUAAAUGCCUUCGGGAAGCCUAUAUGUGUGGAUGGUAUUAAUAGUGAAGGUCUAUCAGUUGGUGCUUUGUAUUUGCCGCAGUACACGGUGUAUGACAACACAACUCAACAAGAUUGUUCCAACAUGGUGUCAAAUCUUCAAGUACUAAAUUAUAUACUGGCAAAUUAUAAUUCGACAGCGCAACUUCGCCAUGCCGUUAACGGAAACAACUUUCCAAAAGUCUUUGGCAUGGCAGUUUUUGGUCAGAAUUUUGAGUUCCAUUACACCGUGACAGAUCCAAGUGGAGAUGCGUUAGUGUUGGAAUACACCAAAGAUGGAAGAAAAGCUCAUGAUAAUACGAUUGGCGUUACAACCAACUCACCUCCGUAUGAUUUUCACAUGAUGAACAUUAAAAACUACGUAACGUUAUCAAAGUUCUCUUCAAAAGAUCUAACAUUUGGUGAUGUUGUUUUUACUCCAGUGGGUAUUGGCAGUGGAUUACUUGGUGUACCAGGAGAUUUUACACCUCCUUCAAGAUUUAUUCGCAUGGCUUCUCUCUUGCAUUUCUCAAACCAACCAAACACAACAGAUGAAGCGCUUAAGCUGACUUAUCACUUGUUGAACACUGUUGAUAUUCCAAAGGGUGUAGCACAAGUUGAAGUGGGACCGAAAGAAGGUCAUUACGAUUAUACGCAGUGGGUUGUGAUGAAAGAUUUAAAGAAUCGUGCCCUUUACAUCCGUUAUUACGACGACUUCAUGUUUCAAAAAAAUAGCAUGAAGGAAACGAAGAAAGAAAAAGCAGGAGUUGUGCCUUAGAGAUACAACUGACAAUUGUACUCUAUUGAUGUUAAUACUGAUUUUUUGUGUUUGUAUCUAAAGUUGUCAUGUUUCUGUUUUGUUUUUAUUUACGCUAUAGCUUAGGGACAUUUCAGUUUGUGUUACAUCAGCAUAAAAAUAUUCCUAAUAA